AUGAGUGAGGUUACUGAAACUUUUUCAUUCAAUCAUUUGGCCUAUCUGGUCUUUGAAUCAGUCUUACAAGUUGUUAUUAUCGCGGUAGUGGGUUUCUGGAGUGCGUACGCCGGCCUACUUCCGAAAAGUGCUCAGAAGGUGAUUUCAGCGAUUAAUGUUGAUCUGUUUACGCCAUGUCUGAUCUUCAGCAAGCUUGCGAGGUCGUUGUCGAUGGCCAAGAUACUGGAGAUCUCGGUCAUCCCGCUUUUCUUUGCGGUGAGCACCGGUGUGUCGUACCUCUCGGGUAAAAUAAUGGCUAGGUUUCUGCAGCUGGAUACAGACGAAACGAAUUUUGUGGUGGCCAACUCGAUUUUUGGUAACAGUAACUCGCUGCCGGUUUCAUUGACGCUUUCUUUGGCUUAUACGCUGCCUGGGUUGACCUGGGACCAGAUCCCCAACGACAGCAGGGACAAUGUGGCGUCGAGAGGUAUCCUGUACCUGUUGAUAUUUCAACAGAUUGGACAGAUGCUGAGGUGGAGUUGGGGCUACAACGUUUUGCUGCGCUGGUCUGGUGAGAAUCCUGAAAACAUGCCACCAUCGCAACUGGCCGCGCAUAUGGAGAGUGGCAGAUUUGGCGAAGACGAGGCCGAAUCGACUAUGGUCUCGGAAAUUGACACUAGUCUCGUUAGCUCCAACUCUUUCUGGUCCAAAACGUGGUCUAAAACUGUCUAUUUGAUCAAUGGGUUUAGAAGUUACUUGAAUCCGCCUCUUUAUGCCAUGAUCGUCUCCGUGAUAGUGGCCUCCAUUCCACCUGUGCAGCAUGAAUUCUUCCAAAAGGAUGGGUUUGUCAACAAUACUUUCUCCGAGGCUGUCGCCCAGCUGGGUUCCGUGUCGAUUCCUUUGAUCAUCAUUGUCCUCGGCUCCAACCUGUUCCCUUCAGACGAUACGUUCAGAAAGACGCACAAGCAUAAAAAGUUAGUCAUUGGGUCCAUUGUUGGUCGUAUGAUUUUGCCAUCCUGUUUUCUGCUCCCGAUCAUCGCUGUGGCAGUCAAGUACAUUAACGUUAGCAUCUUGGAUGACCCUAUCUUCCUUGUUGUUGGGUUCCUACUUACGGUUUCGCCUCCAGCAAUUCAGUUGACUCAAAUUACUCAAAUCAAUGAGUUUUUCGAAGCUGAAAUGGCAAGCAUUUUGUUCUGGGGUUAUGCCGUGUUGAGUUUACCCGUUAGUAUCGUUGUGGUCUCUGCGGCGAUCUACGUGUUACAAUGGGCCAACAUCAGCCAUUAA